AUGAGAAGACCGGUGUUGCGCAUCCUGGGCCUUGGGCGCAAAGCCAACCCCGUAUUACGGGCACACUCGACCCUUGCCGGUGAACUGGGUCGGGAUAUGACAUCGCGGAGUUUGCCUCUAACAUUUGACUAUCUGCAUACUCAACCCUCGCAUCUCCUUGAUUUGACAUUAAGGGACAUUCUUCCCCAUUCUCGGCCUCUAGGGAGAGAAAACUCGGUUCUUCCCUCGGUGGAAUCCGCCGUCCCUUUGCCGGCGGGCCAUCACUUGGUCUAUUUUCCUCCUCAGGUCACGCUCUCGCAACUAUUAGCAGACGGCACUGAUACUCUUCAUAGCCCAGGCGCACCCUUUAACAGGCGUUUGUGGGCUGGUGGGAGAGUCAGAUUCCCGACUCGUAGUGGAUUGGCUCUUGACGGUAGUCGAGCCGUCUGUAUCGAAACGAUUCGCGACAUAGUGUGCAAAGGACGACCAGGAGAGGAGAAGGUCAUUGUCAGGAUAGAGAGGCGCAUGGGUCCAGUUCAGGAGUCCGAGCAAGAAGACAGUAUCCGAAAACGCAUCUGGAGGGAGAAUGAAGAAGACUUCGGGCUGUCGUCCAUCAUCGAAAACCGCGACUUGAUCUUCAUGCGUGAGAAAUCUCCCGAAGAACUAGCUCGCGACCAGGUGAAUUUUCAAACCCAACAAAGAAUUGUAAAAUGUGCGCAUAAUAAAAACAUCUGGCUCCCAUGUUAUAACGUCACGCCCACCAAGGCUUUACUGUUCCGCUUCUCUGCACUCACAUUCAACGCCCACGCUAUCCACCUGGACGAAGCCUACACGCGAGACAUGGAGGGGUUUCGAGGUCUUCUCGUCCAUGGUCCUUUGACCUUGACUCUACUACUUACAGCUAUCCAGCCUCAUUUGGUCAAGCUUAAUCGAACGGUCAGAGAGAUCGAAUACAAAAACCUUACUCCAGUGUACGCCGGAGAGACGUUAUCAUCUGCUCUGGUGUACGGUGGCCUGUUGAGUGGCAUACGGGUCCUGUUCUUGCCAGAGCUGGUUGUCAAGUUUCCCCCAGAAGUCUGGAGGCCUUUCACCUCAUUCUUACUGACAGGGCCGCGGCUUGACUUCCUAUUUGAUCUCUACUUCAUGUUCACCUACAGCAGUUCGCUUGAGACAGGCUCGUCGCGGUUCAGCUCACCGGGUGAUUUUUUCACCUACACGUUCUUUGUAGCUACUAUCAUCGUGCUUACCGCAGGUUUUCUGUUGAAUAGCGUAAUUUUUACCCAUGCUUUGAUCCUCGCCUUCAUCUACACCUUCGCCCAGGACAAUCGAGGCCGAAAGGCCAAUUUCUUUGUGAUUCAGAUUCCCAUCGAAUUCUUGCCAUGGGCAACACUUGCCUUCACCCUCGUGCGAAGCGGAUGGCCUGCGGCCUUGAACGAUAGCAUGGGGGUAGUUGCCGCCCAUCUGUAUGACUUUCUCACCCGCAUUUACCCUACCUUUGGUGGUGGCCGGAACUACAUCACCACGCCCGCCUUUGUGAGAAGGCUCUUUGCCAGCGGGGAGCGCCGGGGCGAGUAUCGAGCCCAACCUAUUCGAUAUCCGAACAAGAUGGCGGUUGUCGUGGCCAAGGAAGAGAUGGACUACACCAUUAAGCCAGAGGCCAACGCGGCCAGCAUUAACACCGCGGAUUGGCCGCUUCUGCUGAAAAAUUAUGAACAGCUUCUUGUCAGGACGGCUCACUUCACUCCAAUUCCCGCCGGUUGCUCUCCUCUCAAGCGUGACUUGAAAUCGUACAUCAACUCCGGUGUGAUCAACCUGGACAAGCCCUCCAACCCUUCCAGUCACGAAGUUGUGGCUUGGAUGAAGAGGAUCUUGAGGGCGGAAAAGACUGGCCACAGCGGUACUCUCGAUCCCAAGGUCACCGGUUGCUUGAUCGUGUGUAUCGACCGCGCUACCCGCCUGGUUAAAUCUCAACAAGGCGCCGGAAAGGAGUACGUCUGCGUGAUCCGCUUGCACGACAAGAUCCCUGGCGGCGAGGCCCAGUUCCGACGGGCCCUUGAGACAUUGACCGGUGCGCUUUUCCAGCGCCCGCCUCUGAUUUCUGCCGUCAAGCGUCAGCUCCGUAUUAGAACCAUCCACGAGAGCAAGCUUUAUGAGUUCGAUAACGAAAGACACCUUGGUGUCUUCUGGGUCAGCUGUGAAGCCGGAACGUACAUCCGAACUCUCUGCGUUCACUUGGGUCUUCUCCUGGGUGUUGGCGCACACAUGCAAGAGCUCCGCCGUGUGAGAAGUGGAGCUAUGGACGAGAACAAGGGCCUGGUCACCCUGCACGACGUUAUGGAUGCGCAGUGGCUGUACGACAACCAGCGUGACGAAUCCUACCUACGAAAGGUCAUUAGUCCGCUCGAAUCCCUUCUCACGUCCUACAAGCGUAUCGUUGUCAAGGACAGCGCUGUGAACGCCGUUUGCUAUGGUGCUAAGCUCAUGAUUCCCGGUCUUCUGCGAUUUGAGGCUGGUAUCGACGUCAACGAGGAGGUUGUGCUCAUGACCACGAAGGGUGAGGCCAUCGCCAUCGGUAUCUCCCAGAUGUCGACGGUUGAACUCUCAACCUGUGACCACGGUGUUGUGGCCAAGGUCAAGCGUUGCAUCAUGGAACGUGACCUCUACCCCCGCAGAUGGGGUCUGGGCCCCGUUGCUUUGGAGAAGAAGAAGCUCAAGUCUGCCGGAAAACUUGACAAAUACGGACGUACCAACGAGGCUACCCCUGCCAAGUGGAAGAGCGACUACAAGGACUACACUGCACCUGAGGGAGAGUCCGCAACCGAGGCUCCCAAGGCCGAGGUGACUGCCGCACCUGCCGAAGCUACCGAACUCCCCUCAUCUCCGAACAAGAUGGAAGUUGACGAUGAGAAGGAUGACGAUGACAAGAAGAAACGCAAGCGCCACGACGGCGAGACGCCAGAGGAGAAAGCCGAGCGUAAGCGCAAGAAGAAGGAGAAGAAGGAGAAGAAGGAGCGACGAAAGUCCAAGCAGGACAAGGACGAUAGCGAUGACAGUGACUAG